AUGGGCAGAGUGGAGACUGAAGUGGUGGGAGACGUGCAGGUGGAGAUGGGAGAUUCUGCUGCCUCUGACUUGGGGGACGCGGUCUGCCCUGGCAGCGGCGGGUGGAUGCAAAGAGAGCAGAUUGUGGUGCAGGGAAGAGUCCGUCCUGCUUCUGGGGCCGUGCUGUUCCGACGAGGAAUGUUUGCUCCGAGCACAAGGUACCACAUUAUAUCAAGACCGCUGGUGCAGACCCUGCCUUUAAGGACCACUGUCAACAACGGCACUGUGUUACCAAAGAAACCAGCUGGCUCUCUGGCGUCCCCCUCCGGGGCCAGGAAGGAGACUGGUGUGCUGGCAACCAAAAGUACCAUCAAAAGGACCAGCUCCUCUGAAAGAGUCUCUCCUGGUGGUCGGAGGGAGAGCUACGGGGACUCGAAAGGAGGCCGGAAUCGGACCGGAUCCGCCAGCAGUUCUUCUAGUGGCAAAAAGAACAGUGAAAGCAAACCCAAGGAGCCUGUGUUCAGUCCAGAAGAAGGCUAUGUGAAAAUGUUUCUCCGUGGCCGCCCCGUGACCAUGUACAUGCCCAAAGAGCAAGUGGACUCUUACAGUUUGGAAGCCAAGGUGGAGCUCCCGACCAAGAGACUGAGGCUGGAGUGGGUCUACGGGUACAGGGGUCGAGACUGUCGGAACAACCUGUACUUGCUUCCGACGGGUGAGACAGUGUACUUCAUCGCGUCCGUGGUGGUGCUGUACAACGUGGAGGAGCAGCUGCAGCGGCAUUACACUGGCCACAGCGAUGACGUCAAGUGCCUCGCUGUUCAUCCUGAUAGGAUCACCAUAGCAACAGGACAAGUCGCAGGUACAUCUAAGGAUGGAAAACAACUGCCCCCACACGUGCGCAUCUGGGAUUCUGUGACGUUGAACACUCUGCAUGUCAUUGGAAUCGGGUUUUUUGACCGAGCUGUCACCUGUAUCGCGUUCUCAAAAUCUAAUGGAGGAGCCAACCUGUGUGCUGUGGAUGACUCCAACGACCACGUGCUCUCCGUAUGGGACUGGCAGAAGGAGGGAAGACUGGCCGACGUGAAGUGCUCCAACGAAGCUGUGUUCGCUGUGGACUUCCACCCCACGGACACCAAUGUGAUAGUUACCUGUGGGAAGUCCCACCUCUACUUCUGGGCCCUCGAAGGAAGCUCUCUCAUUAAGAAGCAGGGAUUAUUCGAGAAACAAGAAAAGCCAAAGUUUGUCCUCUGUGUGACUUUCUCUGAGAACGGUGACACCAUUACCGGAGAUUCAAGUGGCAACAUCUUAGUCUGGGGAAAAGGUACGAACCGGAUAUGCUAUGCAGUUCAAGGGGCCCACGAGGGGGGGAUCUUUGCACUUUGUAUGUUAAGGGAUGGCACACUGGUGUCAGGAGGAGGAAAAGACCGGAAACUCAUUUCUUGGAAUGGAAACUAUCAAAAGCUUCACAAGACAGAGAUCCCAGAGCAGUUCGGUCCCAUACGGACAGUGGCCGAGGGGAAAGGGGAUGUGAUCUUGAUAGGGACAACUAGGAAUUUCAUUCUCCAGGGCACACUGAACGGGGACUUCACGCCCAUUACUCAGGGUCACACUGAUGAACUCUGGGGACUGGCCGCCCAUGCCUCCAAGCCUCAGUUCUUGACCUGUGGGCAUGACCGGCAUGCCACCCUCUGGGACGCCGUUGACCACCGGCCCGUCUGGGACAAAGUCAUAGAGGAUCCAGCUCAGUCUUCUGGUUUUCAUCCUUCAGGGUCUGUGGUUGCAGUCGGAACACUGACUGGAAGGUGGUUUGUGUUUGACACGGAAACAAAAGACUUGGUCACCGUUCACACGGAUGGGAACGAGCAGCUGUCUGUAAUGCGUUACUCACCAGAUGGGACUUUCCUAGCAAUAGGCUCUCAUGACAACUGUAUCUAUAUAUACGGAGUCAGCGACAAUGGGAGGAAAUAUACUCGAAUUGGCAAAUGCUCAGCACCCAGCCACGUGUACGGUGGGCACAGCAGUCAUGUCACCAAUGUCGAUUUCCUGCACGCAGACAGCCACCUCAUCUCCACGGGCGGCAAGGACACGAGCAUCAUGCAGUGGCGGGUCAUUUAG